AAACGUCUCAAACCAGUGUUUCCGUGUUUUCGUCGUCAUGUCGUCUCAACAAUAACAUUUUAUCAGACGUUUCUAGUAUCAUCAGACAUUUAAGCGUCCAGACAUGCCGAAGGUGGUGUCCAGGAGUGUGGUGUGCUCGGACACCAGAGACAGAGAGGAGUACGACGACGGAGAGAAGCCGCUGCAUGUUUACUACUGCCUGUGCGGGCAGAUGGUGCUGGUGCUGGACUGCCAGCUGGAGAAGCUGCCCAUGAGGCCCCGGGACCGAGCCCGGGUCAUCGACGCGGCCAAACACGCCCACAAAUUCUGCAACGUGGAGCAGGACGAGAACGCGUACCUGAAGCGGCCCGAGGGCAUCGAGAGGCAGUACCGCAAGAAGUGCGGGAAGUGCGGGCUGCUGCUUUUCUACCAGCACCAGGCCAAAAACAACCCGGCCACCUUCAUCGUGGACGGAGCCGUGGUCAAGUUCGGGCAGGGCUUCGGUAACACCAGCGUGUACAGCCAGAAGCAGCCGGAGGCUCCCAAAAAGGUCCGCGUGAUGAUGACCAAGCGGACCAAAGACAUGGGCAAGUUCAGCUCCGUCACCGUGUCCACCAUCGACGAGGAGGAGGAGGAGAUCGAGGCCCGGGAGGUGGCCGACUCCUACGCCCAAAACGCCAAGGUGAUCGAGAAGCAGCUGGAGAGGAAGGGCAUGAGCAAGAGGAGGCUGCAGGAGCUGGCGGAGCUGGAGGCCAAGAAGGCGAAGAUGAAGGGUACACUGAUCGAUAAUCAGUUCAAGUAGAAGUAGAGUUAAGGGAAACGUAAUUUACGUUGCUUUACGACCGAUUCUCAGCUUCCUGCACCUCAGACUGUGGUGAAAGCACGUUAGACGUUUUAAGUAUAGCAAAAAAUAAUAACUUAUAAUAACUUAUAACCCUUUGAAACCUGAGAAAUUGGUUUGAUUUCAUUCAAAG